AGUUAUCUGAGGUAGAAAUGGACAUGCGAACACGUCAAGAAAUGAAAUUAUGGGCUUUAAAGUCAAACAUCAAACAUACAGCGUUGAAGGAAUUAUUUGCAAUAUGGAAUCGAAGAAUUCCCAAUAUGUUUCCUGGGGAUCCAAGGACAUUUUUAGAUACUCCCAGGAAAAUCGAGAUAACUAAAAUUGGAGAUGGUGCCUAUUGGCAUAAUGGGUUAGCACAAAACUUAUCUAGAGCCCUGAAUUCUGUUCAUCAUGACUCGAGUAGGGAACUAACUUGUUUGUCACUGAAUUUUAAUAUGGAUGGACUGCCAGUGUAUAAAAGCUCCAAAAUAGAAUUUUGGCCCAUUCUUUGUAAUAUUCAUGAACUUCCAAAAAUUAAACCCUUAGUAGUUGGAAUAUAUUGUGGUGCAGGAAAGCCUGUGGACCUUGCAUUGUAUCUUGGACCGUUUGUCCAAGAAAUGCAACAGAUACUGAAACAUGGAUUAUUCAUCCAGAAAUAUGGUUAUCACAUACAAAUAAAAAUCAGAUGCUUCAUUUGUGAUUCACCGGCCAGAGCUUUCAUUAAAGGAAUAGUUAACUUCAACGGUAAAAACGGCUGCAACAAAUGCACCGUAAUUGGAGAAUAUUCCUAUAUUUCACAUUGUGUUUACUUCCCAAGAAUAGGGUGUGAGAAGAGGAACGACGCAGAAUUUAGAGCCCUUGCUUAUGGAAGCCACCACAAGUGUUAUACACCUUUAGUAGAAUUACCUAUAAAUAUGAUAGAAGACUUUCCAGUGGGUGAUUCGUUACAUUUGAUUGACUUAGGAGUAAUGAAAUGUUGUCUGAUGGGGUGGAAAGAUGGAAACAUGGGAACUUAUAGAACAAAAUGGAGUUACAGUAAUAUUUCAACAGUGUCUACUUUUUUAGUGAAUUGUAAAAUGCCUUCUGAAAUUCAUAGAGCUGUACGUGGUUUAGAUGUUUUAGCUUUCUGGAAGGGAACUGAAUAUAGAACCUUUCUUUUGUACCUAAGCAUAGUAAUUCUCAGAAGAGUAUUACCAAUUGAUGUCUAUCAACACUUCUUGCUCUUCUUUUGUUCCGUAACAAUCUGUUCAUCUUUAAAUGCUCACUCAAAAUUACUACCAGUUGCAGAAACUCUUCUUUAUACUUAUAUUGAAACAUACAGAGACUUUUAUGGAGAAGAUUUCAUGACAAGUAAUGUGCAUAAUUUGAGUCAUUUGAUAGAGGAAGUUCGAAAAUUUGGAGAACUAUCAACUUUCAGUGCUUAUCCAUUUGAAAACAGAUUAUUUCAAAUAAAAAGGUUGCUCAGAAAUGGCAAUAAUCCUCUUUCACAAGUUGCCAAGAGAAUUGUCGAAAUUAUGCAGAUGGAUAACAAUACUUCAGACAACACACCUUCAUCAGACAUUGAAAAAUAUCCAAUUCUGCAACAAUUAAUUCAAUCUGGUCACUUCAGUAAAAUUCAAUUCGAAAACUUCUCUCUCAAGUCAAAUGAACACAAUAAAUGGUUCCUUUCUGAAGAUGAAAAAAUUGUUGCUAUGAAGUAUGCAAAAAAAGAAAAUUACAGCAUUAUCAUAGCUGGAUAUGCACUGAAAGAUAAAUCUGAUGUUUUUGUAAUCCCUUUCAGGUCUUCAUUUCUAGAUAUUUAUAAAUCGAAUGCGACAUGUUUUGAAAAAAACCUACUUACUUUCAAAUCAAGUGAUGUGAAAAUUAAACUAGUAGCAAUUGAAGAAUCAGAAAAUAUAAAGGUUUUUAUACCUUUGCUGCAUAGCUACAUUCAAUAGAUGUAUUCAAUUUCUUUGAAGGGCGAAGGCAAUACAUAAUUUAUGGUACUCAAUAAAAAUAUAAAAACAAAUAGUUUGUAUCUUUUACUGCCAAUAUAAUAUGUUCUAAAUUCUGAGUAACAUUUUGAAAGAUAACUAUGCAUAAGAAUACAUAACGAUAACAUGAAA